AGCAGGGGACACCCUCAUGACACCCUCAGCACCACACGCGUGACCGAAGACGAGGACGAGGACGAGGAUGAGGAGGAGGAGGAGGAGGAUGCGAUGCCUUGACACAGUCUUGCUGUGUCAUUCCUUUUUAGUAGGGUCGCGGGCGUGCUGGAGCCUAUCCCAGCUACCUUCAGGCGAGAGGCGGGGUACACCCUGAACUGGUCGAAAGCCAAUCGCAGGGCACAUCGAAACAAACAACCAUUCACACUCACUUUCACACCUAAGGGCAACUUAGAGUCUUCAAUUGAUGCAUGUUUUUGGGAUGUGGGAGGAAACCGGAGUGCCUGGAGAAAUCCAUGCAGUCACGGGGAGAACAUGCAAACUCCACACAGGCGGGGCCGGGAUUUGAACCCCGUUUCUCAGUAGUGUGAGGCAGAUGUGCUAACCAUUCAUUCACCGUGCUGCCGUUUUCCCCUUUAGGUAGAUAAAACUUCAAGGUGAGUUGAAUCAAUUUGCAAAUAUAUUCAUUAUGAGUCCUUAUUAAUUCCCCCCACUCCCUUGGUUACACUUUUAAAUGAACCUCCUUUUAUUACAGGGUUGUGUUUUUCCUGCCUCAUAUACACUAACCAGCCACAAUAUUAGGGAUGCUCCCGCCAAUCGAAGGCCCCAGCCAGGGAUUAGCGCCUCAGAUUAAAGUGGCCAGCUCGGCCUAAUCCCGCCAUCUGUCAGAGAGCAAUCGACCAGGCGUCACUCUCGUCUCGGGGCCAAAUCGAGCACGGGAAGAAGAGGGCACGAGCAUCAUGGAGGAGACGUUCCUUCUUAAGCAUCCGGGAGUGAAGAAGAAGAUUCUGGCCGGAGGCACCGGCCCGCUGCCUCACUUCCCACCUGGAACCAAGCUGGUUUUCCAUUUCCAGACACUGCUGGACACGUUUGAGCGCACGGUCGUCGACGACAGCCGAGUGGCCGGCAGGCCUGCCGAGAUCUUCGUGGGGAAGAUGUUCAAGUUGGAAGUGUGGGAGACGCUGCUCACGUCCAUGCGGGUCGGAGAGGUGGCCGAGUUCUGGUGUGAUGCCGUUCACACCGGUUUGUACCCCAUCGUGUCAAAGGGGAUGCGGCUGAUUGCUCAAGGCAAAGACCCCCUGGAGGGCCAGAGGCACAUGUGCGGCAUGGGGAACAUCUUCCACUAUCACUCCACUGGCUUCCCCGAGCUGGAUGAGCUCAUGAGAACACCGCAGCCUCUCAUCUUCAUCAUGGAGCUGCUCCAGGUGGGAGACCCCAUGUCCUACCACAGGGAGUCGUGGAUGAUGGCGAAGGACGAGAAGCUGAGCACGGUGCCCCUCCUCCACAUGCGGGGCAACGCGCUGGUCAAGCAGCGGCAGUUCCGGGAGGCGGCCAGCAAGUACAAGGAGGCCGUGCUGCUGCUUAAAACGGUCCAGUCCAGGGAGAUGCCAGGCGACGCGGACUACAUUAACUUGGCCCGUAUGAUCGUCCCUCUGGAGCUGAACUACUGCCAGUGCAUGCUGGAGCUGCACGAGUACUACGAGGUGAUCGAGCACACCGACGAGCUGCUGGACAAACACAAAGACUGUGUGAAGGGUUACUACAAGCGAGCCAAAGCCCACGUCGCCGUGUGGAACGAAAAGGAAGCGCGCCAGGACUUCAACAUGGUGGCCCACCUGGACGCCACGCUGGCCUCGUUGGUCCACCGAGAGCUCAGGGCCUUGUCGGAACGCAUGAAGGAGAAGUACUGGCAGGAGAAGGACGCCUACUGGAACAAGCUAACUGUCAAGGAUGCCGCUGAUGAAAACAAAGAGAAAGUGGAGGAGGAAGAAAAGGAGGAGGAGGACGCGGGGGACGGAGAUGCAGCCGGGAAGGCUGAUGGAGGUGAUAAGACGGAGGGGAAGGACUGGCAACAGAUGUUGCGUCUGGUGAUGCUGCUGCAGGAGCAAGGAAACUUCCUGGUGAAAGAAAAAGGUUUUCAAGAAGCUUCUACAAAGUUCAAGGAGGCCUUAGACUAUGUGGACUUCCUUCAAAAUAAGCAGAUGCAUCGAGGCGACGAAGACUGGGAAUCUUUGGAAAAGGUGCGCCUGCCUCUCACCCUAAACCUGAGCCAGUGCAUGCUGGAGCUUCAGCAGUACCUGCAAGUGGUGCAACUCAAUGACAAGUUGCUGGAAAGCCACGAAGGGCACUUCAAGGCGCUCUACCAGCGUGCUCGAGCACACGCCGCUUUGUGCAACAAGGAGGAAGCUCGACGGGACUUGGCCGCCGUGGAAAGGCUGGACCCCCAGUUCAAGCCGUUCGUCCGCCGGGAGCUGAAGAAGCUGGGCGAGAACAUCCGCUGCAUGCACGCCCACCAGAACAAGACCUACUGGGACGCCUCGCGGGAAAAAUGGGGGCCCGGAAAGGCCCGGCAGAAGAGUGUCAUGCAGGCGAUUGGUGAUAGCGAGGAGGAAGUGGAGGACACAAACCAAAGCUGUAAAGAUCAAACCAGCAAGGAGGAGGAAUCCGAUAAUGAAAACACAGCGAGCUCUGAGGUUACGGAAGUUAGCGGCAGUCCCGAUGAAGACGGCCGCGCUCUGACCGUUACCGCUGUUAGCGAUAGCGUAGCUAGUGCGAGAUAAGCGCAUGAAGGUCAUACGCCAACCGACAACUAAGACAAGAGCGUGCAAAAUCCUCUCGGACCCUCCACAUCCCGGUCACCACCCCUUCUGGCUCCUUCCCUCAGGUAGGCGCUACCGAUCAAUGCAAACUAGAACUAGCAGACAUUCCAACAGCUUCUUCCCUCUUGCAAUCAACUUCUUAAACAGCUAACCUACAAUUCCAUUGCAACAUGCUGCCAAUUUUUUUGUCUUGAGUUUGUUGUCACAUUUCUGUCGGGCCAAUUAUACAUACUCGUGCACUAAUUGUAGUAGUCUCACCAUGCGGCACUAUUUGCAUAUCUGUUGUUGACCAAUACUGGCCACUCAUGCCAGAGUAGCAUCUACCCCACUUGCACACUGAUUGAGGAGUAUCUCCAACAUUUGAACAAUCAACAUUGUCCCAGAUUAUUGCGUCACUUUAAACUGCAUACACUCCUUGAAGUCUCGGCGCCCUUUGCACAAUGGUCAUUACACCUGACUAUUGCUAUAUUAGUCAUUCAAACUGCUCUAAGUGCUAGAGGACUCUGCAUCUUUUGCACAAUUGUAAAAAAUACAAAUAAAAAUUUUACCGGCAUUACCAGAUAACUAGCAACCCUUUAUUGCUCAGUGAAUGUUUUUCUCAAUGUCUUUAUGUCUCAAAAGUGUUCUGUUGUCGUACUAGAGCGGCUCCAACUACCGGAGACAAAUUCCUUGUGUGUUUUUUGGACAUACUUGGCAAAUAAUGAUUCUGAUUCUAAGAAUGGGGGCUCAAAGGCGGCCAAGGUGAUAAAAACAUCGAUCAUCGUCUGUCGAUCAGAAGAGGAUGAAGAAGGGAGCAAUAAAGAAAACAAAUAUUGAUUGAGCCACAGGAGACGCCAUCUAAACUAAAGAAAGAAACUAAUAAUCUGACGCUCUGUGAGUCAUUCUCCUGCUCACACACACAUGCAGUUUAGUAGAAGUUGUGGUCUCAGUGCAGCGUUUGAUACCCACAGGUGGCAAAAGUACUCUCUCCAUACCACAGGCAACUAAAGUAUGAAUUAAUAUAAAGUGUCUACUUAAUGUUUCUUCCCAAAUGGAUUUGUUUUAAUUUUGGCAGAAAAUCUGUACCAAAUAUGCAAUUGUGCUUCACUUUUAAUGGAUAUCGCCAAAAAAAAAUAAAAAAUUCAUCAAAUCCCCCCCCCCCCAAAUUGAACAAUCAUUGUAUACUUAAAUAUUUGGUUGCCACAAUUUUCCAUGUCUGAUUCAAAAUUCUAUUUCUUGUUAGAAAUUAUAACAAUCAAUACUGUGUAUCACACAACAUAACAUACAUACUGCUAUAUGACAUUUUUGGGUGUUUUCAGUCUUAAAGGCCGUCUGAGAGAAACAAUAAUCACUAUGCGGCCUAUGAUUAAAAUUAGUUUGACAACUCUGCUCUCUACUUAAGUAGAAGUGUAAAGAAAAAAAAAGUGAUUUUUUAAAAAUCAAUUUAUAUACCUAGUACUGAGGCAAAAAUAUCGUCGUCAAAAUGUGUCCCCCUAGUUUUGCUAACAUUGUGAACUGACUAACAGAAAAUGCCAAAUUAGUUCAUGAUAACAACUGAAAAAAAAACAUUUCCUGUAUGUUUUUUCAUAUUACUGAGAUUUUUUGUAGCGCUAGAAUCUGGUGCUUUUUUUUCAUGGACAGGUUGAGGGGUUGGUUAGCCAUCACAGCUAUCAAAUAGGUCUUUUGCUGAUAUUGCUGGCCCCCCAUUAGUCAGAGUUUGCCCCAGUUCCCAGUGAUGUUCCUCAAGGGUCAGUUUUAGGGCCCAUCCUUUUCAGCAAAUUGGAAGCUUUCUCCUAUCUCACUUGUAUACAGAUAAUGUCCAGAUUUAUUUUAACCAUGAUAGUACAGAUGAGACUGCAACUAAGGCCUGGAUGGCUCACAACUUGUUACAGCUGAAUAGUUUAAAAAGUGAAGUUGAUGAAGUUAUACUACAAUAAAUGGCUUACAGAAUAUUUCAAUGUAUUGACUUAAAUAGGACACACACACACACACAGGAAGACAAAUAGAAACUUUUUACUUCUGUACACAAAAAGAGUAGAAACCAUCCAGUAAGCUAGUGCUUAUCUUUUACAGUACAAAGUGUUUGUACACACUCACACUGUGUUAAACCCAUCAAAGAAAUACAUUGACAUGGUUAAUGAGGUAUAUCCAUGGUGAUAUAACAAUAGAAACACAUAGUCAACAAUUAAGUGUGUGUGUGUGAAAACACGUGUGUUAAGGUAGGACAGGUGAUUGAUUAAUUGAUCCAUAGAUUGCUUGGACUCAGACAUACAACAGCAGACAUGAGGCAGGAAGGUUACCAUGUGCGUGUGUAGUAGAUAUGCACGGGUAUGAAGGCUACAUGAGAGCAGAGCCUGUUCUCUAGAAUUUAGCAGGUUUUCAUACAAAAAAAAACGGACAUUG